AUGCCUGCACUCGCACACUCGCUGUUUGAGCGGCACGACGGCUAUGCCUUUGCGUACAAGGUCCUCGGCCGCUCGCACAAGGCCACGCCGCUCGUCCUCGUCCACGGCCUGUCAGCAGUCGGCCUCGUCGACUGGUUCCCGCUCGCCGACGCGCUCGCGGCUCAUCGACCAGUCCUCGUGUUCGACAACCGCGGCAUCGGUGGCUCGACCAUUCCUGCAGACAAGGCGGGCGAGCCAUACGACAUGCACGCCAUGGCCGGCGACGUCGUCGACCUCGUCAAGCACGUCGGCUUCAAGAAGAUCGACCUGCUGGGCUUCUCGAUGGGCGGCAUGAUCGCGCAAACGGUCCUCGUCAAGGCCGACCUGCCGUUCAAGAUCCGCCAUGCCGUCCUCGUCGCGACUUCUGCGAAACGCGCCCACUCGGACCUCCUCCAGGCGAUUCCGCAGCCUCCCGCCGGCCCGCUCACGUUCGAGCAGAAGUGCGACCUAUCUCGACCCUUCAUCUACCUCCUGGAGCGACGUGUGCGCGAGGCGGUCGAGGCAAAGCGGCCGGCUCGGACGAUCCAGAACCAGAUCGGCGUCAUCGCAGGGUACGACGUCCGCUCCAAGCUGAGGUCCGUUCCCGAGUCGCUCCCGGUCCUCGUCCUGCACGGCAACCUCGACCGCUCGGUCUACUACAGCGAGCACAAGUACAUCCUCGAGGGCAUCCCGCACGCCCAAUUCCUCUCGUUCGACGGCGUCUCGCACGCGUGGUACGACUACUACGACCUCGACUUCUGGACUACGCUCCUCAACAGGUUCCUCGCCGACCAGGACUGCGCCUCGCUCGUCCCGCCCGCCCACGCCCACCACGCCAAGCUGUAGCUCCCUCGCCGCCUCUCUCUCUCUCCGGUCGUCGUGUCGAUGUGGAUCUCGUUGUUGUACAGGUGCUCGAGCUGCAACCAAGCUAUGCGCCGCCGACCUCCUUGGGCGACUUUGCCCGGAUCGCGAGCGCGUGGAGCCCGGCGUCAAAGAGAGGCUUGAGAGCGUCGUUGACGAGACGGUGGCGCUGGAUGACACGCUCCCUCGAAGCGCUCCGAGACGACGUUGACGGUAAAGUGGGUCUCGCCGUCGCCGCCGCCGAUGGCCUUCAUGGGCGCAUGGUGGCGGUGCUUGCUCGAGUCGUUGGUGAUGUCGAGCGAGGUCG